AUGCAGGGCUCGAUGCCCGGCCAUGGCGGCUCGUCCCGCCGCAGGGGGCGUUCCAGCCGCAGCAGCAGGGCACGAUCCCAUUCGACGUCUCGCAUGCAGCGGGCAGUUGCGCUUCUGAACGAGCCGGUGGCCCCGUCUGGGUAUGGGAAGGAAGUCUCCAGCUCGUUCGACUCAGGCGUGCUCGGGUGCCACUCCGAGCAAAGCGGGGGCGACAUGUCGAGUGGCCUCAUGAACCCGCGGUGGCGCCGCCUGAUAACUGCUGUGUCGCGCAGCCUCGCGCAGCGGUUUUCGGACGGAACUUCGGUUCCCGCCAGCGGCAACGCACGGGUGAUGGCGGAGUUCGUGCACACCGACGUAGUUGGAGGUGGUUCGCAGAUGGAUUUGUGCCAGUGUUUCAAAGGUGCGCUCGAGGCAAUGGAGCUGAGCAGCAAGAGUACAGGCUUUGUCCUCAUCGGCGCUUACUACUACCUACAGGCAGAAGACCUGAUGCUCACCACCCAGACGUGGCGCUCGCUCGUGGUGACCUCGCUGCUCGCAGCGGUCAACGAGCUGUGCGACCGCGCAGAGCGCGAGCAGGCGAUCGGCAAGCUCCGACGUUCUGCGGCGCACUGGUGGUCUGCAGAGAAGGCCGACCGGGCGUUCCAGGUCUUCAAAUUGCGCGACGCCUUUGUGCGAGACCCGCUCAACCAGCAGAAGAUCGCCGAACUGUAUUUCGAUCUGCGCGCUCGCUCUCUGGAGAUCGCUCCGCUUGACGGUUUUAGCAGCUCGGGGUUGUCCAUCUUCGAUUGUGCUCAGGACACAGCGACCAAGAGGAACUCGCAUGUCAAGGCCCCGGCGUCGGUGUCGGGCCGCACCGGCGGUCGUGCCGACCGCAGCAACGAGCGCAGCAACGCCAGCUUGGCUUUCUCGGAAUCGAGGAGCCGCAGCGUGCUCGUCGACGGCUACGCGUCCGACGACUCCGUCAUCUCCGUUUGA